CUCGUGGGAUUACACGUCACUUCAUGCGAUCGUGACAGUUGUCAACAGUUUGUAACGUGUGUAUUUAUUGACAUAGAUUAUAUUUUGUACGUCCUGGCACACUGCGGAUUUUUCAAGCACGUGGUGAAUAAUUGAUAAUAAAACCGCUCGAACAUCAAUUUUGUCUGUAUUGAUUUGUUCGAUAAGCUGCCAAGAUUGCUAACAAAAUGCGACGGGCUCAUUCGAGUGGUUAUGGCUACGAGCCAUUACCAAGUACAUCUACAGGCAAUGUCAUAGAAGAUGAAAACGAAAGAAUGACUGAUGAGUUAAGAGACAAAAUUCAUGCCUUAAAAUCACUGUCUAUUGAUAUUGGUACUGAAGUAAAAUAUCAAGACAAGCUCUUACACGAUAUGGAUGAAGAUUUCGAAAGAACAGAUAGUUCGUUAACCAAUUCAGUGGCGCGUGUUUUGCGUCUAGCUAAGGCAGGUCACAAUCGUUACAUCCUGUACUUGUUCCUCUUUUCUAUAGCAGUAUUUUUUGUGUUGUGGAUAGUCUUGAAAUUUAAAUGAUUUUUACAUAAGGUCCAUAUCCCAAUAACACUGACGUUCAAGGGAUGUCCAUUGAAUAUUCUUUGGAUAUUGCAAUAUAUA